AUGGCCCAUCCGUACCCAUACCCACCUAUCCCCGCCAACUGUGUGGAUCGUCGGGAGCCACUGUCACCGGGAUCCCUCCACUCGCCCAGGGAGUUGAACUUGGUCCCCAAAACGAAAUCGGACGAGUGGGGCGCUAAAGAGGUAGCCGCCGCCAGAGCGCUGCAAGAACCCACCGUGACUCUCGGCAAUGAACGACUGCAUCGCACACACCACCGCUCGCUGGCACCCUGUCCCUUCGUGUACGAAGCAACCGAGGACGAUGGCAAGAAAAUCUGGGUGGUGAGCAUCGGGCCCAACGUGCCGGUGUACGACACGCAUGCCGGGGGCCGCGAAAUCCACAUCCACCCGGAAUAUUUGCUGCCGCAGCUGUCCAAGGUGUAUAGCGGCAGUCGUGAGGACCCUCUGCGGCGUCGGAUCAAUCCGCGGAGGUUUCUUGCGGAGUCUGAUCUGGAGCUCCUACGUCGCUUUUUCCCAUCGGCCAUCGGGGUCAGAUUGCUGAUCGCAGGGUUUGUCAUUGUUUUGUUCCGGAACCGCAAGGACAUCGAGGCGUCAUGGCUCGAGGGAUGUGUGCCCUCGUUUGGACUUAUGCGGCUGGGGUAUGAUGUUGCCGUUCAUUAUCCAGCCAAGACGGUGGUCGACAGUGGGAAUGGCGUGGCGGUUUCGCCCGAACAGCGAGAUUCGAUAACACCCUUGGGCCUUAAGCUUAAGUUUCCAGAUGGGUCGCAGGGAGUUAUAGUCCCAACCCAUGCUUUUGUUAAUAUUAAGACUCCCCAGGGGAAUAGCGCGCACAAGGACGCCAGCUGGGUGGCCAAAACCAAGUCAACCUUUUCCAAGGCGACCGCGGCCAAGGCAAAGAACUGUGUCAUAAAAGGGUCAACAGGAAACUCGCCGCUGGGGAAAAGCGUGUGGUUUGUUCAAGACCCCGUCGAGAAAAUCGGAACUGUCACCGCAACCUACGAUCACCAUAUCGCACAGUCUCCCACGUUUCCUCAGACCAUCGACCAUGACACGUCGAUUGUCACUGGAGAUCAUCUGCCCCGAGUCUCGAAUCCUUCACGGGCACCAAGGAUCGUCGGCUGGGGUGAUUAUCGCGAAGCCUUGGACGGUCACUUCGCCUUCGCCAUGGCCCUCAGUGCGACGACGGACCAUCCCAAGGAAAGGAAACGCAUAGACAUGUUUGGAACGCUACAGAAAGCAAUCGUCGAAGGCACAGAGUAUCUGUGGGACAGGAAAUCUCGCACCCAGUCAUCCAGCAUCAUUUGGCGAGCUAUGCAUGACGGCACGGAUAUGGAGGGAUUGUCGGGUUCGCUGCUUUGCCUGGGACAACCGACUGAUCCUAAGUGUCGUGCGGUCCUGAUGAAGCACUGGGAAACCCCGAUCUGCCCCCAGCAUUUUGACGUGACGGAUCUCGCGUCCGCUAGGGGUGAUGUGUCGUGGUCUAGCAUCAAAGGCGGAUUCCUCCUUCCCCAGGAUGUCCGGAAUGCUGAAAUUCUUUGCGAAAGCGAGGAUUCAUCGCCGGCCCCACGAGACGAGCAGACCUGGGACAUCGAGUAUUUUUAA